AUGCCUAGACUCCAUACCGAAGCAAUAGGGCCUUCUUUCCUUAGCGUCACUCCCAGCGCGGAGUUUCUCGAGCCCCGGAGCCUUCGCCAGGAUAUCAUCACCAUCCCGCUAGGUAACCGCACAAAGAUCGUAGUACGACAGGGUUGCUACCUUGUUUCCUGUGUCAUCGACGGCAAGGUACCAAAUCUAGACACCAAAUCCAUCUCUCAACUCCCAUUCACUCGCAUUCCCCUGGACGAGUAUUGUCCGGUGGCAGAUCCAGCCUUUGAGAGUGGCUGCGCACUCGGACAAGGUCAGUGUAUCAAGCGCCCUCGGAUCGAAGAUUGGAUUGAGCGGGCUGACUGGCCCAAGUGGGCGGAGCUGUCAUUGCGAGAGAUCAAGGUGUACGAGGUGCUGAAGCAGCAUCCUCACCCCAACAUCGGACGCUACUUUGGGUGUGUCACCGAGGAGGGGAGAGUGAUUGGUCUCUGCAUCGAAAGGGGCACAUCUUCAUUGGCCGAGAAGCUCUUUGGCGCCACCAUGCAACGAAAGAUGGAAUACUACAAAGCCGUAGAAGCAGGUGUGCUUCACCUUCACGAGAUGGGAUUAUCUCACAACGAGCUGACCCCAGCCAACAUCAGAAUGAAUGGUGAGGUCCCCUUCAUCACCAACUUUGCCUACUGCACGCGUGGGGCAGAGGUGGUGCGUCUUCAAACAGGGACGCUUCUCAGCGAGUGCAAGUAUUUUGAGAGAGAUUUGAAGAGUCUCGAAGAUUUGAAGAAGUACAUCUUUCCUCUGGAACCAGGGAAGCCCAAGUACAUGCGCACGGGGCGCGUUCCUGAUGACCAUGAAUCACUGAAAAGAAAGACACCAUUUGCUUCUCAAAGAUGA